AAUAAAUUUGAUUUGAUUGAUUUGAAGAAUCUAUGGGUUUAUUUUAUUCAUUUAAAAGUCCCAAAAUGUAUUAUAGUAUAUAAAUCACCAGCUUUUUUAAAAUACAUGGUAAAAUUAUAAUUACACAGUAAUAACAACAUAUUAAUAAAUGUAAAAGUACAAUUUUGCACCAUUUGCCAGUAUGAGUACCAGAAAGUGGGCUAUUCCUUUGAUACAUUUAUUUUCCAACUAAAUAUGCAGUAAGGAAAUACUGUUGCGCCUGUAGGCAUGUUUCUGCAGCAACCUGUCAAACCAAACCUCAACUGUGCUGAGGUUAACUGUAAUUGAGGGAAUGGAGGGAGCCUCUCAGUCAUUAAUCCAUUACUAAAGAUUCUGCACUCCUCCCUCACACACACAGCUCUCCCGUUCGUUUUUUUCCAUCAUGGCUCCCUCAGCAGACAGACUGGGAUAUUGGGGGCGACCAACCUCAACGCUGGAUUGGUGUGAGGAGAAUUAUGUCGUCUCUUUCUACAUCGCAGAAUUCUGGAACACUGUCAGUAACCUGAUUAUGAUCCUGCCUCCUAUCUACGGUGCCAUCCAGACGUAUAAAGACGGCCUUGAGUUCCGCUACGUCUACUCCUUCCUUGGACUGGCAGCUGUUGGCAUUGGUUCCUGGUGCUUCCAUAUGACACUGCAAUAUGAGAUGCAGUUGCUGGACGAGCUGCCAAUGAUCUACAGCACCUGUGUCUUUGUCUACUGUCUAUAUGAAUGCUUCAAGCAACAAAACACUCUGGGUGUAUUCCCUAUCAUGUUGCUAUUCAUCUUCAGUGUCUCAGUCAGUGUGGUGUACUUACAAUGGAAAGAGCCAGUCUUUCACCAGGUCAUGUAUGGCGCACUUGUAGCAUGCUUGGUGAUGCGCUCUAUCUUCAUAGUUACAUGGGUGUACCCCUGGCUCAAACCUGUGUGCUACAUCUCCCUGAGUGUCUUUUUGCUGGGGUUCCUGUUGUGGAACAUUGAUAAUCUGGCCUGUGACUCACUCAGAUCCACCAGACAGAGACUGCCCCCUGUUGUUGGGGCGGUGACACAGUUCCAUGCCUGGUGGCACAUCCUCACAGGCCUGGGCUCCUACCUACACAUACUCUUCAGCCUCCAGAUAAGGUCAACCUUUCUCAAACACAGACCAAAAGUAAAGUUCCUAUGUGGAGUGUGGCCCAUGUUGCACAUUGAGGCACAAAAGACUAGCUGAGUGACUGGGGACCAUGAAGGAUGGUGACUGCCAUUCAACAGGCAUCAGCACAGAGACCUGACCUGCCAGUCUGCCAACCCCCCUCUGCUGUCUAUGGGAUAUAUGCACCCCACUACCAGAGGGCAGGCAGGCUACACCCCAACCUACCACUCCAGGGACCCUUUGGUUCUGCACUGUGACGAUUUGCCAAGUACAGUAUAGCAUUGAGAGUUUACAUGGAAUUAUAUGAUUUUUCUCUUUCGUCUAUCACAAUAUAGUAGAUUAUUAGAUUUUGGUGGUGAUGUUAUAGUGACAUUCUGUUUAAAUUUACUCGAACAUAUUUCCUGGAAUAUGGAUACCGCAAAAAAAAGAAUAUAUAUAUAUAAAUCAUACUAGUGUAUCUAUUAUAACAUUCAAUAUAACACCUUAGCAUAUUCACAAACCAUAAUAACAUCAGGCUGUAUGUCAUGGUUGUGUUUAGACCAGGGAACUGUUUGUUACCCAUCCAUCCUCCUCUGAGGGAAUCUGGUCUAGAUGAUGCAGUGUGUUGGUCACAGACGGGACUGAAACAGACACAGGAAAAGGUUUAAUAUCAAUUAUCUUGUCCAUUUCUUUCCUCUGCAAGGGAUUGGUCACACAAGAAAACUCUGACUUCAAUUGCAUAUAUUUGAUGUAUGCCAAGUGUGGAUCUGCAUUGCAAAAUCUGAAGUUGCUCUGAGAUUGUGUUUUUGAUGAUUUACUUUAAUAUUAUUAACAAAUCAAAGGGAUAUGAAACAAUUUAAUCUAAGGAUUGUUCCACUGCACAAAAUGAAGUACCAUUUAUAUCAUAGUGGGAAUUCCACAGGG